AUAUCGCUACUGUCGCGAGCGUGGUUGUGUUAGUCGUCGUAUGUGUUGUCUGGGGCAUUGGUGUUAAGAUGUAGGCAGCGAAGUGUGAACAAUAUAGUUUACAACCACCUGAUUCCGACAGAGAACAUACACUAACCUCGGUAGCUAUUAUCAUAAAUUCCCCCUGUUUCUUAAACAGGCAUGUUAGCUUUUUUUCAACACGCCGUUCUCAAGAAACGGGAUCCUGAGCUGGAAUAAGAUCAGAAGGAUUUAAUUAAUGUUUUGGUAUGUUGGUAUGACUAUUUAACAGGAUUUAAGUAGUCAUAGGACUUUUAUAAUUGGUUGUGUGAAUGGGUGAAUAUAAUUGGUUCCAAGUUCCUAAUUUGACAAGUAGUUAAAUCGUUUUGGGUCCAAAGAGUGUUUAUAGAGGCGCUAUUGAAUUGCAAUUAACAUGAAUGCGUUUAACUGUACAUAUUAAUUUGCCAAGCUGAGUGUAAUUCGGUGUUAAAACAACACGUCGCGACAGUCCAACCGCAGGACUCAACCCCACAGACGGACUCAAUGGCAUGUUGUUAUAAGGACUAGGGCUUGGGAUCUUAAAAAGCCGGACAAUCACUCCCCUCGGUUCAAACCAAUCUACCCCUAAAGAAGAAACCAUCAAAUUGGUGAAGACGACACGAGAGAGAGAAUAAUAUGUAUCCAUGGUAACCAUAGUUAUGCAAAGAAAAGGUAGCACCGCGAGGGACACAGCAAUAAAGGCGAACCAUCCAUGCGUAGCUGACCACUGACGAACGGAGACAUUUCCCCAGUCAGUUAAGAUCACCACUACCCGUGAGAUGUCCACGCAGUGGUGAAGACCUUCUGACCAUGUGGUCAACGCCAUAAUCGCUGGACAGUGUGUUAAGUGCUUGGACCCCGGGGCUAGUGGACCGUGUAGGGUGUGAGCUUCUGUGUUCGUGCAGUCCGCUCUAUUGAUGUUGGGAGGGCGUGUUGGGUUACGUCAGUGCUACCCCCACACACGGCUGAGAUCGCCGGGUAUACGAAAUUGUGAUAGUUAGGAACGACCAUGGUAAACAUGCGGAGCUGGGGCCCCGAGGAAGAUCUUUCUCUUGAUGGAUUUGAAUUAUCCGAUGGCGAAAUAUCAGCAAUAAUGGAAAAUUUCAAAGACGAAAGACCAAUCACUGAUUUAAAAUCCGCCGCCAAAGACGUCCCCCCUGAUGACCCUGCGGCGUUCUUUGGUCACCCCCUCACGGCGGCAUCAACGGCCAUCAACGGGGAAGACUCCCACGCCAACGGUGCCGCCCUGUACCAUGAAUACAUGAACCUUGGCCCGAUAGUGCCAGUGAAAGGGGAGGGAGAACAACUGUUCGAUAUGAGACCCGACAACAAGCGCGACGAGGAGGGUCUAAACGCCAGUUCGGAGAUCAUACUCCCCAACGAAUUCGACAAAUACCUUGACAGUUGUGAGGCUGGGAGUGAGGCCGAUUUUCAGAAGACAAAAGACGGGAUACUCAUUAAAGUUGAGGCAGCAAAGCCAAGCACGUGCAAAGAGCAGACGGCACUUCGUCUGGACGUCGAGGCUGACCAAGAGGAGAUAGUGGACUCUACUACGUCACCAUGUGGUGACCAGACGUCGCCACUGCAAAAUGGCGACGAUUCAGUAAUGAUUAAUGACUGUGCGGUAAAGCUAGAGGCAACGUUUGACAGUAAUUCGUUUGAGGCUAAGGAUCUUACGUUGGGCAAUGAGCACCGGUCUUUACUUGACAAAGAGCCUGCUCUUCCCAACUGUCCGCCAUCAGGACAUCAUGAUGAAUCUCCCCCCUUGCACCCUACCCAACACCAGUCAGAGAGGAAAACUAAUGAUGUAUCAAAAAAGGUUUGCCGUGCACUCAAUGAGAAACUAAAGCGCAAACAACUCAAUCCACCUAGUGCCUCAUCAGCAGCAAGUCGCACACUAGCCGAGCCAACAUCAACUGUCCAGACCUACAUCGACGACAGCCCAAGAACAUCAUCUCCAACAGCGACGACCAUGAACAAAGUAACAACGUUUGCCAACAUCAAGCAAGAAGGCUUCUUGGACCAACUUCAUGAACUUCCUCCUCCUUAUGAAGCUUCAACAGUUCCGGUGAUUCCAAUGAACGCUAUGACGACAUGUGGACCUUCAUCUUUGUCUCAGACAGGGCCUAUCAAUACAAACAUUGUCCAGUCUUCGGGACAGUAUUUCCAAGUGCUUCAGCCCAUGCAAACUGUCGAGCCUCUUCCUUCCAUAAACAAUGUGUAUAAUUACCCAACAUCAAACUAUGCGUACCCAACGUCACCGUCCAAUGGUCUGACGCUGGAGACUGAGAAACAGAACUCUCCAAUGUUGGAACGGUAUGUUCAGCAACAAUUUGCCUACAACAACCAGUACCAGCAAUACAUGACCAAUGGCAGCGAAAACUAUGGCAUGAAGUCACCUGACAGCGGCUACCAAGAACCUUGUCUGUCACCCUCAAAUGGAACUCUUUGCGUGAAAGAUGCGAAUGGGAAUUUUGAUGCGGUCGCCGCUAAAGAAAAGACGGCGGCUAAGAAAAGGAAAUCAGUACCCAUGUUCGUAAGGCAAUAUUCGAACCCUGACAAAGCCUGCAGUUCAACCUACAUUCCUAAAGUAGAAAAAGAAGUUGUUGGAUACAAAUACUUCAUGGAGACCCCGACCUCCACCACACAACGUAUUGAGGAGGAUCGAGUAACGUACUUAAACAAAGGUCAAUAUUAUGGCCUGACGUUUGAGUUCAACCCCACCUUUACGCUACCAAAGAGUUCUACAGUUAAGUCUGUCAUCAUGCUGGUUUUCCGAGAGGAGAAGGGCAUGGAGGAGGAGAAGCGAGCCUGGGAAUUCUGGCAUGGACGUCAACAUAGUUACAAACAGAGAAUACUAGAUAUUGAUACAAAGAACAGUCAUGGCAUUUCUGCCAACUCCAUUGAAGAGAUUUCCUGUAAUGCUGUCUGUGUUCGAUGGAAUCCAAGAGAGACUGCAGUCAAGGUUGCUAUAGCAGUCCAUUGCCUCAGUACAGAUUUCAGUAAUCAAAAAGGUGUUAAGGGCAUCCCUCUUCACAUUCAAAUCGACACAUACGAGAACAACAAAGAUGCCCAUCCCAUCCAUAGAGGCUACUGUCAGAUUAAGGUGUUUUGUGAUAAGGGUGCUGAAAGAAAAACAAGAGAUGAAGAGAGGCGGAAAAACUCACGUGGAAAAAUGGAACCUGGCGCGCGGAAGGUCAAAGAGGAAGUGUACCAUCCGGCCUGUGACCGAUCAGAGUUCUACUCCAUGGUUGACCUUGAAAGUACUCCGUCGAUCUUUAACCCCUCAAAUGGCAUCGACACCGAAGAUUUUUUUCAAAAGGGGAGUUCCAUCAUUUCAACUUCACACGACGAAGAUUGUUCUAGUCUGAGUGGAGGUGAUGACUUGUCUCGCAGUGAUGAGUUCUACCCACCCGCAAAGCGCCAAAGACGAAGUUCCUGUAGUCACUGCAUGGAGAUGCCAAAGAUUUUGCUGUACGUUCGUGAACAGCAAGAGAACGUCUUCACGGCACUGCUACUACGACAACCCACUCUGCACGGCCUACUGAAAGCGAUCGAGGAGAAAUACCACGUACCCACAAAACAAGUCAAGAACUUCUACAAGAAGUCAAAAGGAAUCUAUGUGAAAAUGGACGACGACAUCGUCCGACAUUAUUCACACGAAUCAACAUUCAUCAUAGACAUAAAUAAUGUGAGCGAGGAGCAGAAGGAGAUCAUUCUGGUCGAGAUUGACCCACAGUGACCACGUGCGCAAAUGACCACCACAUACCAAAGUGAAAUCUGUGAAAUGGACACGAAUGAUUUAGAGUUAUCUCCCCUGAAUCAAGAUGGCGGAAGUGUGUGGAGGCCAGUACGGGACACGUAAUGUCUCAGACUUUUAAGCGAAUUUCGGCGGCAGCAGCAAUAUUAAGAAAGCUAGUCAUGACAGUAUGGACGUGGACAGAGGCGCCAGUCAGAGAAUGACAUAUAUAAGUAUAUAUAGCAUAUCAUCACAAGCGCCUCCAUUUCAUUUCUAUCUCCGGCCAUAUUGAAAUGUGUAUCUAUAUAGAUUUUCUCGAUGUUGUCAUUGUAUUGUGAAAGGUACGUUUCCUUAGCAAGGAGGACAAGAUCCAAAUAUUUACUACCCAAAUUCACAAUGUGCUAUUAUAUUCUUGAAAGAGGUUGUGAUCUGCAUUAACUGCUGACGGACUUACGGCAAUGGUCUGGAUUCUGAUAUCUUUUUAGACUUAUUUUAUUAUUAUUAUGUUAUGUGACAUCUGUUAACCUUCCAUUUUUGAGAAUUUUAUAUAUUUAAAAUAUACAUCACACCACCGAUUGAACAUGCAUUAUCAUAGUUGUACAUAACUUAUUGUAAAUAGAGAUGUAGAAAAAAUAUGUACAUUAUCACAUUGAUAUAUUUGCUAUCACUAAAAGUGCCAUCAU